UGCGCCGAUUACAUCAGAAUUCGUUUUGCCGGAGCCGGUUUAGUAAAAAAGUGUUUCUAGUAAUACCCUGAGGCCGAUGGCAUCGAAGAAAAGUGAUGCCGGAGCGCCUGGACAGCCCAACCCGACUCCACCGAUACCGAAUGCGGUGAUCGAUCGCGGUGACCGCGAUGGCGAUGGGAAACAGUGGGGCUAUGAUCUGUACCCGGAACGGCGUGGUGAAAAGUUUAAACCCAGCUGGGGUCGCGUGCUGCUCGGUAUGGAAGGAACAGAAAAUCUGGACAAAAUCAAGUGCGAGCGGAACGUGUAUGCUUGCGUGAAAAAGAGCCCCAUGGUAAAGCUGAUGAUGGGAGCCCUCAAGAGCUCGGGAUGCGAGAUCGACAUUCGGAGGCAUAUAGCGUGCGAAGUGUGCGACAGUUCGGUCAGCGGUGGCUACGAUCCUGUGCUGAACCAGGUGGUCGUCUGCCAGAACAUCGCACGUAACGAGGGCAUCGUGCAAGGCGUACUGACACACGAAAUGAUCCACAUGUUCGACUACUGCAACAAUGAUUUGGACUUUAAAAACAUCGAUCAUCUAGCGUGCACGGAAAUUCGGGCCGCCAAUCUGACGCACUGUUCCUUCCUGAGCGCCUGUACGCAGGGUGAUGCUUCACCGUUCAAAAUCCGGCAAGCGCAUGCGGAUUGCGUUAAAACGAAAGCACUCGCCUCGGUGCUGGCGGUGCGUAAGGUAACGCCGGAAGAGGCCAUCGCCGCGGUCGAGCGCGUCUUUCCAAAGUGCUACAACGACCUGGAACCGAUCGGGCGCCGGAUACGGCGUAACUCAAAGGAUAUGUACAAAGCGUACAUGGAAGGGCCGAUGUAUGGGUACGACGUAGACUAGUCUUGACGGUAAGGGUUCGGCAUAUUGUUUUAAGCAUUUAUUGAUGCAAUAAAUAGUUACAGCGAUAAAGGUGUACAGUAGCUAA